GGAGUAUCGAGAAGCUGCACAGCCACCUAGAAACGUCCACAGAGGGAUUGGGUCUGAAAUAUCACCCAAUUCAGAGACUGUGAGGCAGUGACAGGCGAGUGGCCCUCAGGUAGAGAGAGAUGGUGAGAGAGCUGGUCCCUACAGGCAUAACUGCCACGAUUCUCACUUGGACGACGGCCCAGAGAGAACCCAAUUGGGGCGGACGCUUUUUGAUCUGGGAACUGGGCCAGAUUCUUUCAGCCAAUCCGUUAGAGAGGUGCUGCUGACGUUACUGGCCGCGCUCCAGUCGGCUUCUGAUGUCAUCCCGCAGCGCCGGAAGCGGUGAGGCACACAUGAGUAACGUGAAUUUGUCCGUCUCCGACGUCUGGAGAGUGAUGAUGCGGGUGUGCUGGUUGGUGAGACAGGACAGCCGGCACCAGCGAAUCAGACUUCCACAUUUGGAAGCAGUUGUGAUUGGGCGUGGCCCAGAGACCAAAAUCACUGAUAAGAAAUGUUCUCGACAGCAAGUACAGUUGAAAGCAGAGUGUAACAAGAGAUAUGUCAAGGUAAAGCAGGUAGGAGUCAAUCCCACCAGCAUUGACUCAGUCGUAAUUGGGAAGGACCAAGAGGUGAAGCUGCAGCCUGGCCAGGUUCUCCACAUGGUGAAUGAACUUUAUCCAUAUAUUGUAGAGUUUGAGGAAGAGGCAAAGAACCCUGGCCUGGAAACACACAGGAAGAGAAAGAGAUCAGGCGACAGUGAUUCUAUAGAAAGGGAUGCUGCUCAUGAAGCUGAGCCUGGGACAGGGCUGGAACCUGGGAGCAACCAUAACCAAUGCUUCAUGCCUCCAAAUAAGGGAAAAGAUGCACCUAUCAAAAAGGAAUCACUGGGCCACUGGAGUCAAGGCUUGAAGAUUUCUAUGCAGGACCCCAAAAUGCAGGUUUACAAAGAUGAGCAGGUGGUGGUAAUAAAGGAUAAAUACCCGAAGGCCCGUUACCAUUGGCUGGUCUUACCAUGGACCGCUAUUUCCAGUCUGAAGGCUGUGACCAGGGAGCACCUUGAACUCCUCAAGCAUAUGCACACUGUGGGGGAAAAGGUGAUUGUAGAUUUUGCUGGGUCCAGCAAACUCCGCUUCCGAUUGGGCUACCACGCCAUUCCGAGUAUGAGUUUGAAACAUAUGCAGUAGAAAUUCUCUGUUAAUACAUAAAUGGAAACUACAUUUUUUUUCCAUAUUGGCAUGUAUCUACAAAUAUUAAAGGAGGAGAAAAG